AUGUCUUCGCCGCCGACCGAACCACCAAGGAAGAGGAAGAAGCGCGCCCACUUCAGUUGUGCUGAGUGCAGGCGCCUCAAGCUCAAGUGUGACCGACAAGGUAGGAGUCUCAUCAAACUCAAGUUGAACCAGUUCCUUGCUCAAACUGUACUCGCCGCCGCUGUGUCGACCUCUGUCCCGACGGCACACGGCCGGACGGAGGAGUCACUUGAGCUGCGAUCGCGCCUCGACGCGCUGGAACAGAUACUGGUCAACAACGGCCUCGACGUGCCCGAGGGCAAGAAGCGCAAGGGAUCGAAGCGCGCUCGCUCGCCAUCAAUAACCUCCCCUUCGGCUUCGGGGUCGGCCUCUCCGCUGCCCGUCGAGGAGCCCCAACCUGAUACGGACACCGCCCCACUUAUACGACCAAUCCCGGUGACGCUGGCGGAGACGCCACACUUCACCUUCCCACCAGCACCAGAGGUGCAGGCAGUGCGCUUCGACUUCAGCGACGUGGGCCCCCACCCGGCGUCUACGCCUUCAGCAGGAGGUGCGGUGUCGAGGCCGGUUGCCACCUUCCUCUCGCCAUCGGCACAAGCACCUGAUACCUCGUCUGAGGACCAGAGCUUUGGCACGCUAGUCAUCUCGCAAUCGGGCCGCAGCAAGUAUCUCGGCCCGACCGCGGCAAGCGAGUGGCUCAAAGACCAAGAAGUGAUUGAGACGCCUCCUGCGAGCAGGCCCCCCUCCCCCGUUGCCGAGCCUGUACACUCUCAAUUCCCUUUCAGCGGCGCGAUCGACGUCUCUACGCAAUAUCUCCUCUCCAAGCUGCCGUCGCUCGAGGAGGCAUGCGUGCUGGUGGACGUGUACUACCGUUACUUUUCCUGGGCUUGGAAUGUCAGCACUCGCGAAACGUUCCAGCCCAUCUUCGACAGCAUCUUCCGGCUCCCACCACCUGGUCGAGGCGAGCAAGAUGAGUGGUUGCAAGGGCUCGCGCUCGUGUACAUAACGCUUGCUAUGGGUGCGCUGCAUAAUCUCGAAUUACCGCCCAACGAUCCACUGGCCGAGGAGUUCUUCUCACUUGCCAAGAGCGCACUCGCCAAGGGCCAGUUCAUGAUCCACAACACACUUGCAGCUGUUCAGACACUUCACAUCAUGGCCCAUUUCUGUCUCGAGAUGGAGAAGGGCCGAAACGGAGACAACGCGUGGCCCCUCUGGGGACUGGCUAUGCGCCUCAUCCAGGCAAUGGGCCUGCAUCGCGAUGGCCAGCGAUGGCACCUCCCCCCCGACAUCCUCGAGGAGCGUCGACGCGUGUUCUGGGAAUGUCACACGGCAGACAUCUUCCAGGCCAACUGCUUCUCACGGCCCAACUCGAUCAACGCUGAUUACAUCGACACGAUGCUCCCGCGCGACGUCCCCGUCGGCGGCGGGAAGGGGUACAUGACGCUCAAGCACGAAUUGUCGCAGUUGUCCAGCUUCGUCCUUGACCACGCGAUGAAGGUCCAAGCGCCGCCGUACUCGACCGUCAUGGCUUUGCAUGACAAGCUCACGACGUUCGAGACCGAUGUGCCGUUCCACUUCCGCUGCCGCGCCGCACUCCUCGCCCUCCCGUCUCGUUACCCCGACGCGGAGAGAGCAAUUGCCGACUCGCCAGAGGAGAGUAAGCGCGAUCUGCACCGCACCUUCCAGCAGUUCACACUGUAUCUCAACAUCUCCGAGGCUAUUAUCUUCCUGCACCGCCCGUAUUUUGCGCGCGCACUGCACGACGAGGUGCCCGACCCUACUCUGAGCGUGUUCGGCCAAUCCUACCUGACCGUCGUGGAACGGUGCAACUUGAUCAUCCAGAUUGUGGCGCGCAUCAAUGCGCUGCACCCCAACGUGACCGCGCGCCACUGGUUCUUCUGGUAUCACGCCUUCAACUCUGCCGUGUGCGUCGGUACUCUAAUCCUGACCAACCCAGCCAACCCUCUGGCCGGCUUUGCACUGUCGCAGAUUGACGCGGCAAUCGCGCUCUACACGGCGGUGGUGCAGGGACGUACUUCCCGGCGAAUGAUCCACAACCUCCAGUGGCUCCUCAAACUGCGGCAGCGCGCGUCGGAUCGCAUUGCACGAGCGUUAGCCAAUGCGGGGACCAAGGAUGGCCUCACAGAAGCGGAGGACUUGAGCGAUUCGGACGACGUGGAACUCCUCGGCUGGCGCACGCGGCUCAUUCAGAGGGCGACCCACGGCGCCACGCCAAUCCAGACCGCCACCACCAUUGCCUUGCCGUCGCCGCGCACAAGCACGUCUCCGAACGCCGCUGUACAGGCCACCGUGGCGAAUGCUCUUGCAGCACAUUUUGAGCCGACGCAGACGUCGCCGCACACCGACGCCAGUACCGAGGCCUUGAUGGCCCAGUUCUGGGACCCCAUGCUGCUGCAGGACAUGCCGGAUCUCAUGGGAAGCAGCUCCUUUACGAUGGGCUGGGAUUGGGACUCGGGAGGUGCGGUGUGA